GGGGCCCCGAGAGAAAGGCGGGGAGCUGAGGGCAGGCUGGGCGGGUUCGACGAGCGCCGCGGCGGUUGGCGAGGCGGACGGGGCGCAGCCUUCCCGGUGCGAGGAACGGUCCUCGCUGACAGAUUCCCUUCUUCCGGCCGCGCCACACUGGAGGCGGAUCCGCGGGGCCUGAGGAGGCUUCCUCGGCCCGGCCCUCCCUCCCUCCCUCCCUCUCCCGCGGGUCACCCGAGCGGCCUGUGAGGAGGCGGAGGAGGAGGUCGUCGGGGGCUGCGCGGGCGGAGACCGCGCUCCCCCUACCCCGGCGGCGGCGGGGGCAGGACAAUGGAGGUGGCUGUGGAGAAGGCGGCGACGCCGGCCGCGGCGGCUUCGGCGGCGGUGGCCGCCGGGGGGCCCUCGGCGGCGCCGAGUGGGGAGAACGAGGCCGAGAGUCGGCAGGGCCCCGACUCGGAGCGCGGAGGCGAGGCGGCCCGGCUCAACCUGUUGGACACUUGCGCCGUGUGCCACCAGAACAUCCAGAGCCGGACGCCCAAGCUGCUGCCCUGCCUGCACUCCUUCUGCCAGCGCUGCCUGCCCGCGCCCCAGCGCUACCUCAUGCUGUCCGCGCCCCUGCUGGGCUCGGCCGAGACCCCGCCGCCCGUGCCCGCCCCCGGCUCGCCGGUCAGCGGCUCCUCGCCGUUCGCCACCCAAGUUGGAGUCAUUCGAUGUCCGGUUUGUAGCCAAGAAUGUGCAGAGAGACACAUCAUAGACAAUUUUUUUGUGAAGGACACUACUGAGGUUCCCAGCAGUACAGUAGAAAAAUCUAAUCAGGUGUGUACAAGCUGUGAGGACAAUGCAGAAGCUAAUGGGUUUUGUGUAGAGUGUGUUGAAUGGCUCUGCAAGACAUGCAUCAGAGCUCAUCAAAGGGUGAAGUUCACAAAAGACCACACCGUGAGACAAAAAGAAGAAGUAUCUCCAGAGGCAGUUGGAGUGACUAGUCAGCGACCAGUGUUUUGUCCUUUUCAUAAGAAGGAGCAGCUGAAGCUUUACUGUGAAACAUGUGACAAACUGACCUGUCGGGACUGCCAGUUAUUAGAACAUAAAGAGCAUAGAUACCAAUUUAUAGAAGAAGCUUUUCAGAAUCAGAAAGUGAUCAUAGAUACACUGAUCACCAAACUGAUGGAAAAAACAAAAUACAUAAAAUUCACAGGGAAUCAGAUCCAAAACAGGAUAAUUGAAGUAAAUCAAAAUCAAAAGCAGGUGGAGCAGGAUAUUAAAGUUGCUAUAUUUACAUUGAUGGUAGAAAUAAAUAAAAAAGGAAAAGCUCUACUGCAUCAGCUUGAGAGCCUUGCAAAGGACCAUCGCAUGAAACUUAUGCAACAACAACAGGAAGUGGCUGGACUUUCUAAACAGUUAGAACAUGUCAUGCAUUUUUCUAAAUGGGCAGUUUCCAGUGGCAGCAGUACAGCGUUACUUUAUAGCAAGCGACUGAUUACGUACCGGUUACGGCACCUCCUUCGAGCAAGGUGUGAUGCUUCCCCGGUGACCAACAAUACCAUCCAAUUUCACUGUGAUCCCAGUUUCUGGGCUCAAAAUAUUAUCAAUUUAGGUUCUUUAGUAAUCGAAGAUAAAGAGAGUCAGCCACAAAUGCCUAAGCAGAAUCCUGUCGUGGAACAGAAUUCACAGCCCCCAGGUGGUUUAUCUUCAAACCAGUUAUCCAAGUUUCCAACACAGAUCAGCCUAGCUCAAUUACGACUCCAGCAUAUGCAGCAACAGGUAAUGGCUCAGAGGCAACAGGUGCAACGGAGGCCAGCACCUGUGGGUUUACCAAACCCUAGAAUGCAGGGGCCCAUCCAGCAGCCUUCCAUCUCUCAUCAGCAACCCCCUCCACGUUUAAUAAAUUUUCAAAAUCACAGCCCCAAACCCAACGGACCAGUUCUUCCUCCUCAUCCUCAACAGCUGAGAUAUCCACCAAACCAGAAUAUGCCACGACAAGCAAUAAAGCCCAACCCCCUACAGAUGGCGUUCUUAGCUCAACAAGCCAUAAAACAGUGGCAGAUCAGCAGUGGGCAGGCUGCCCCAUCAACUGCCAAUAGCACAUCCUCUACUCCUUCAAGUCCCACCAUUACUAGUGCAGCAGGAUAUGAUGGAAAGGCUUUUGGUUCACCUAUGAUUGAUUUGAGCUCACCAGUGGGAGGUUCUUAUAAUCUUCCUUCUCUUCCAGAUAUUGACUGUUCAAGUACUAUUAUGCUGGACAAUAGUGUGAGAAAAGAUACUAGUAUAGAUCAUGGCCAGCCAAGACCACCCUCAAACAGAACCGUCCAGUCACCAAAUUCAUCAGUGCCAUCUCCAGGCCUUGCAGGACCUGUUACUAUGACUAGUGUACACCCGCCAAUACGUUCACCCAGUGCCUCCAGCGUUGGGAGCCGAGGAAGCUCUGGCUCUUCCAGCAAACCAGCAGGAGCUGAUUCUACACACAAAGUCCCAGUAGUCAUGUUGGAGCCAAUCCGAAUAAAACAAGAAAACAGUGGACCACCUGAGAAUUAUGAUUUUCCUGUUGUUAUAGUGAAGCAAGAAUCAGAUGAAGAAUCUAGGCCUCAAAAUACCAACUAUCCAAGAAGCAUACUCACCUCCCUACUCUUAAAUAGCAGUCAGAGCUCUGCUUCUGAGGAGUCUGUGCUAAGAUCAGAUGCCCCUGAUAGCACAGGAGAUCAACCUGGACUUCACCAGGAAAAUUCCUCAAAUGGAAAGUCUGAGUGGCUGGAUGCCUCCCAGAAGUCACCCCUUCACGUUGGGGAGACAAGGAAAGAGGAUGACCCCAAUGAGGACUGGUGUGCAGUUUGUCAGAAUGGAGGGGAACUCCUGUGCUGCGACAAGUGUCCUAAAGUAUUCCAUCUUUCUUGUCAUGUGCCCGCAUUGGCAAAUUUUCCAAGUGGAGAGUGGAUUUGCACUUUCUGCCGAGACUUAUCUAAACCAGAAGUUGAUUAUGAUUGUGAUGCUCCCAGUCACAACUCAGAAAAAAGGAAAACUGAAGGUCUUGUUAAAUUAACACCAAUAGAUAAAAGGAAGUGUGAACGCCUACUUUUAUUUCUUUACUGCCAUGAAAUGAGCCUGGCAUUUCAAGACCCAGUUCCUCUAACUGUGCCUGAUUAUUACAAAAUAAUUAAAAAUCCAAUGGACUUGUCGACCAUCAAGAAAAGACUACAAGAAGAUUAUUGCAUGUACACAAAGCCUGAAGAUUUUGUAGCUGAUUUUAGAUUGAUCUUUCAAAACUGUGCUGAAUUCAAUGAGCCUGAUUCAGAAGUAGCCAAUGCUGGUAUAAAACUUGAAAGCUAUUUUGAAGAACUUCUAAAGAACCUUUAUCCAGAAAAAAGGUUUCCUAAACUAGAAUUCAGGAAUGAAUCAGAAGAUAAUAAAUUUAGUGAUGACUCAGAUGAUGACUUUGUACAGCCCCGGAAGAAACGCCUGAAAAGCAUAGAGGAACGCCAGUUGCUUAAAUAAGCAGCACCCAUUGGCCUGUGCUGGUUUUUAGAUUUUUGUUUGUUUUCAAUAAACAUUUUGUCAGUAAUUUAACAUCAUUACAAGAAGAGUUUGUGACCACUCUGAUCCAUAAGUUUCUGAUGUUUACUAAAGACUUUGAUUUCAUUAAUAACCCAUCUCUUUUAAUUGUCUUAUUAAGAAAGAAAAAGAGAAAGGAAAGAAAGAAGAGAGGGAAGGAGGGAGGAGAAAGGAAGAAAGAAAGAAGCAUCAACAACAAAAUAAAAAGACAUUCUUCCCAGUUCUUGGAUUUCAAAGCUGCAAUCUGGAGUGAUAACUACUAUAGAAAGGAAAUAGACUUUGUAUGAACUCUAACUUGAAAAUUUAAUGUGGUUUGGAUGUGUGCAUUAAUCCUUUUUUAGAAAAUACCACUACCCACUAAUUAUGGCCCAACCAUGAGUUAGGUAUACUGUCUUUAAGAGCAGUACUCCAUGAACAUGAAUGGUAAUACGAUUUCUAUCCUAGGGUGCCAACUGGUAGCAACAAAAAAGUAGAUUAGAUGCUAUUAAAAAGGCACCUGAUGGUAUAUCUUGUAAGAUGGCAACUGUAUUAAAGAAAAAGCAGGAAAACAAAGGUUUGAUUUUUGUUUUUGUCGUCGUCUUGUCUGUAGAGGUGUUUGGUAUAGCAGGUUUUCAAGGCUACUUUUCAUACAUUUUCUAAAUGUUACUUCUUCCACUGAAGAAGUAAGUGUACACAUGUUUCAUUUUGCUGUGUGUGUCUAUGUGUAGUUUGUUGUUUGGUUUUUAACUGUGUAGGUGAUCCUUUUAUAACAAGACUCAUUGUUUGCAGUAUGGCUUUUACUGAAACUACCCAAAAUAUGAAAUACAGCAGUGUGCGCCAUAUUUGAUGUGAGAAUUCUUCAACGUAUACCCUAUUGGGCAUUAAAUAUUAAAGUUCCCCUGAAAGGGACUAGUUUUCAUAAUUUGCAAUGAAAAUGUGGAAUUUAGGAGCAGACAGCUAGAGGGAAUUACAGUGAAAAUUUAUUUUUUUGUGUGUGAGGAAGAUCAGCCCUCAGCUAACAUCCAUGCCAAUCCUCUUUUUGCUGAGGGAGACUGGCCCUGGGCUAACAUCUGUGCCUAUCUUCCUCCACUUUAUAUGGGACGCCGCCACAGUAUGGCCUGACAAGCGGUGCAUUGGUGCGCACCCAGGAUCUGAACCCAGGCCACCGACAGCUGAGCAUGCACACUUACCUGCUACGCCACGGGGCUGGCCCUGUGAAAAUUUAAUUUUUUAUGAAGCGUCUAUUUCCUGUUGUAAAUUUAAGAGUUGGAAGCUCAAAUUGAAUCUUUGAUCUGACUUAAUUCUGAAUUUCAUUACCAUUCUCCUGAUAGAGAUGCAGAAGACCUGUCUUCUGAGGGCAAGCAUAUUCUUAAUGGGCCAGACCUAGCUAGUUUAGCUGACAUUCAUUUAUUCCUUUUACUUGUUCAGUGUCAAAGAAGGAAGCUAGAUUAAGAUAGAAGAAAAUUGCUGUGCCAUUUGCUAAUCUAACAUUGACAGAAUAUUUACACAUGAAUUUUAUUAGUUUGCCAAAGUAAAUUUUUAUUUAUAAAACAUUAAUUGGCUGAUGAAAUUUUUCUCCUUAGGUUAGUAGAAUAAAAAUAUAGCUUACUUGAAAGAAUAUUAUUCUUUGCAUGGUAUCAUCUCCUUUGAAUUAAACCUAGAGGACUUGCUUUCUUAUCAACAUGGCAUUACUUCUUAAAAUGGACAAUUUGAAUAUAUUCUGUGGUGAUUCAUUGGGUUUUCAGAUAUUGCUAAAGAUAAAAUAUGAGAAAACUUAAUAGCAAUGGCUUUUCACUUUUUAUGUAGACUUAGGUCUUGUCCAUAAUAUAUCAAUUAUGUAUUAAUGGUUAAAAAGUCUUAAUCACUUUUCCAAAUAUGUGUUUCAGGGUAAUUGUUGUUGUUUUGAAUAUGCAUUUGACAUUUAUUCUCCCAAGACUGAACAAAUUUUGAUAACAAUGCAUAUAUCAUUUCAUUGUCUUUUUUUGCUCCAGCAGUUUUAGCACAGCAGCUAUGGAGCUUUUGCUAAUAAGUUUAUUUAUUGUCAGUAUCUUAGAAUGCUGUUCUUCUGACAGUUUAUUCUUCCAUAUGUGUCUCCUGAGUUAAAACAGGGCAACACAGAUAGAUUUUAAGGAGGAUCACAAAGGGAAGUAGCACCUAGGAGAGAGAAAAUAUUAUUUCCCUAUAUGCAUCUGAGCCAGAAUUUCUACUAAUGUACCCAAAACUUUCACUGUUAUGUUCAGUGCCAUAUUAAUCUUUUAAAACAGUAUGCUUCACCUUUACCAUUUUUUGCUGAAUGAAAGGCAGCUGAGAACCAGCUUUCCUGUAAUCAUACAUAAUAUAAAUUAUAUUAAAAGUGUUUCUCUCUCCAAAUAGCCGUUUCCUAAUGAUCUUUAAGGUUAAAGUCCCGUAAUCUUAUUAACAAGUGCCUGUGUGCCCAGGUGGAUCUCAGCUAAGUAGUCCUUAAAUUCUAAUAGAAGUAAGCUAUAGACUUAUCUGAAAUACCCCAUGCUCAUGUGGAGAGCAUCUUCCCAAAAGUUCAGUGCUGUUCAAGAAACCUUGACCUAAACUUAAAAUACUCAAGUAUUUACCUCUGAUCAAAAACUCUAGAUUUCCCUCUGGAACCAAGACCCCAGUGUCAUAGCCGCAAGACCCCCAAGACUGAAUGUGAUCACAUGAUUACAUAUUUGGCCAGGGUUUAUGAAUGAGGAGACCACGUGGGAGCCAGGAUUUACUCAAUUACAACUCGUUGAAAGCUUUCCCAGGUGCCAAGCAUCUAAUCUUUCCCCGCAAUAAGGAAAAGCAAGUACACAGUCAAGGACUUAUAUGGCAGUGGCAGACGUAUAGAUGGACUGAGAUAAUAUGCCAUAUUCAGAAUAUAUUUGUUCAUCAGCAUCUGGCAGUGCAAUCAUUUUGUCCUUUGAAUUAACAAGUCCUGCUUAUCUUUUCUGAAUGGAGGGGUAGGAAAUUGGAAGGUGCUAAAAGGAAAAUGUUCUCUUUGCUUGGUAGUUUAACUUUCUUUUCUAAGCUAAAGAAUAAGCUCCACGUUUUACUACCACACAGUAGUAGAGAUGUAUUAUAUCUUAGGGAUGUUUUCAAAAAGAUUUCACUCCGCAGUCAGAAGGGUGAGUAUACAGCAAUUGCUCUAUUUAUGAAUUUGCAUUUGAAGUUCCUAUGCUGUUACAGUGCUUAAACUUUUAAAUUGGCUUCCAUGGAGAGACUAGGUAGACAAUGAAAGGAGGAACUCCUUUUGCUGAGGCCUCUUCCACAAAUUAAUGUGAAUUCCGAAAGUAAGUUGCUGCAUGUGAGCAAAAAGAUUUUAGGUUUAAAUAGAAAAUGUACUUAUUUUUUGUUUAUCUGUAUGUGUUAUGAAUGAGAGAAAUUGAGUGAUCUGAUUGGCCAUUAAAAUUAUGGACAUGACCGUGAGUUCAACCAUCUAAUUUCUUAUUGAAGUAGUGGCCCUCCUUUUAAAUAACCAUGUACAUAUUUUUUUAGAGUAUUUUAUAACCUCAUGUAAAUUAAUGGUUGAUGUCUUUUUACAUAUAUUGCUCCUUCGUCUUGGGUGUGAGUUUACUAGGUUAUAAUUCACAUGGUGGUGGCUCAUGUUCCUGAGUGAGAAUAACGCUAGUCAAUCAGAUCACAGAUUUCUUUCCUCUUGGAGGUUUUGCUUAUUGUAAAGGACAUCUGAGGCAGUAGUCUUUGUUUUAUUUUGUUUUUUAAAUUUCGGGGCCCCACCUGGUGCUUUGAUUUUAAUAAAAAUCAGCUUCAAUGGAUUUUUACUUGAAUAUUUUACAACAAGGAAUUUUUAAUAGAAAAAUUACUGUACGUUAUUCAGUAGAACUUUAACUAGUUUGAGUCUCCAUAACUACUUUUAUGUGUUCCUCUAUAAAAUUGAUACACAUAGCAACAAGCUACUAGUACAUAAACAGGAAAAUUUUUUAAAAAUUCUGACACGUCUUUAACCAACCUCAAAAGAUAAGCAAAAAAUAACUUGGCAAACAGGAAGGAAGAAGGUAAUAAAUAUCUUCAGUUGCUGAGUCUCUCACUGCCCUGAAAGGAGGAGAACCAAGAAAAUGCCAUGAAGAAUUCUCCUUGUCUGAAACCUGUUGGAAGACGAGGGGGAAGACAAAGAGUGGGGAAUUUUACAAGUCACUUGGAAAGUUUACCUAUGUUAACUUCACCUAUAAAGUUGGGACCGUUUUGAGUCUUAGAAAUUAAAAUUAUUUUAAAAACUCGCUAUUGGAUAUUUAAUACACCUUACCUUGAUGGGCGUGGGAACAGGCUUCUAAUUCUUAAAUUUGAGUUUUUAAAUAGAAUAAGUCCUAAUUUAAAUCCUAAAAAAAAAAAAAAAAAAAAAAACCCUUCCUUAGAAGUUACAAGUUAAACAUUUAGCAAAAUUCUAUCUUUCCCAUGUUUUCAAAGGUGAUGUGGAAGAAGGGCUAUUUUAAUGUCCUCUGCCAUGUAUCAGGAUACUUGUGAGUGUGAAUUCUUUCCUCAGGUUCUCUAAUACCCUUAACCCCAAGACAAGUGAGCCAGAAAAUUCAGUCAAGAAUCUUUCCAUUGCAAAUGAGUGAAGCCCAGUUGUCAUUGUUUUGGGGGAGGAGAUAGACUAUAUGGAUCAACCAGGGUUAAGCACUUCUCACCUUUGGAAUGGGAAUCUACUGACCUGAGAAGUGGCAUUUCCACCAAAGAAAAUUAGGGGCUUCUUAGCAGGAAAGAGGAGGAAUGGCGAUAAGACAGGAACAACAAACUUAGUGGCCACCAGGUGCCACAAUUUGACAAUGAUGCUGGUUCUCUAAUCUGAUUGUUUUAAGGAUUUACUAAAGACCAUGUAUGUUAAGAAAGCCCAAAAUACAAAAAGUCCAAAAUAAA